GUGCAACUUUUGAACAGUUAGUGAGCGCUCGCACAGAUCGUUUUCGAAAAUUCGAUUUUUUUGAUUCGUAACAGAGAUUGGAAAAUAUAUAUUUUUCAUAAUUACAACCUCGUUCCAGACGUAGACAACCUUCCGAAAAUCGUACUUUCUGAACUUAAACAAGUCUCCAUCAGCUUCCCUUGCAUCAAUCAUACCAAUUUUUGUACCAUUGCUAUGAAAAUUGAAACAACUAUCAAUUGCAACCCAAAUCAGAUCUACACCUCUCUCUUUGUAGACAUAGGUGCAGUGGAUUCUUCUGCACAAAAUGGUAGGAUUGAAAGUAAAAAAAAGGUUGGAACCUUGUUCUUCAAGCUGGCUCCAAUCUGAUUAGUAACAACCCAAAACAUCGAAAGUGCAUUCACCCACAUAUUUGAUGAAAGUCCAUUCAAGCUCUCCGUGCAUAAGAAUGAUGACGUCUAAGACAACUCUAGCCAGACCUCAUUGCUUAUUUUUGUCGUCUUUGUCGAUAAUAUACCCGUUUCUAAUUGCUGUUGUCCGAGGCAUGCAUCUGUUCGUAUAAACCGCACAUCACAUAUUAUACACAAUUUUCUCUCGGUGUGUCUGAAAUCAAAAAUUUUCGCAAGAAAAUCAUUUUCGGUCGUUCGGCCACAUUGUGUAUUAAAAUGGGGGAGUGAAACAGAGUCAUGCGUAUAUCCGACAGUUAAAUGUCUCUAUAUGGUGUUUUAUCAUAUCCUUUCGUUUCUGUUGCUUUUUCAAUGCAAGGGGACUAUUUAUUUUCAACCGUGCCAUUGAUUUAGAUGGAAAUUUUCCGAUUAAAUGUCUGUGUGUGUAGCUUUUAAGUUUGAAAUUGUUGUAUGGAAUGUUUGGUAAAUUUUGGUUCGAUUAAAAUACAUUUUUUUGAUGGUACAAUAAAGUGGAAGCUAGUGCUCUGAAUUCAAUUCAAUUUGUCAUUGUGUGCCUAUUUAUAUAUUAUACCGAAAUGGUUGUAACAGUGAAGUAAAAGUUGGUACAAAUUUAAGAGAAUUAUCGCACAAUAGCAACAUAAAUACGAAAAAUACGAAAAAGCAAAGUUAAAAUAUUCUAAAAAUACCAUGAAGUACACGGCCACGGCAAUAGUAGUGCUAAGCAAUUGUUUUACCCUUAUCGUCUGUUUUAUGAUUAUUGCCGAAGUUCAUGCAACAAGAAAUUCCAACGAAAUGGGAAAGUCUGAACAGAAUGUAAUGGAAAAUGGCUGCAGUAAAAAUUCGAAUGUUUUGGUCAUUUACAAGCUCAUACUGCACACGUACUGGACAAGAGAAAUGUUUCCGAAACAUUAUCCGGAUUGGCGACCACAAGCACAGUGGUCGAAAACGUUUGGUCAUACACACGAUGCCUCGUUCAAACUGUUUAGCAUAGGGAAAGUGGCCUCCGGUGGUAUGAAAAUGUUCGCUGAAACGGGUCAAACAAACGACCUUGAACUCGAAUCGACUAACGGUGCAUUCGAAUUUAUUGGUUCAGCAAUUUUGAGCGGAAGUGGUCACAACGAAGCAAACAUUUUUGCCGAUGCGAAUCACACACUAGUGUCUUUCGCAACGAAAAUCACUCCGUCGCCUGAUUGGUUCGUCGGUGUUGAUUCGUUGAAGCUCUGCGAAAAUGGACAUUGGUUGGACAACACAACCGUGGAGCUACAUCCUUUGGACGCUGGUACUGAUAAUGGAUUUACAUUUACCGCACCAGAUUGGCCAACUGAGCCUACCGGAAUUAUUUACCGUAUUACAUCUGGUUAUCCUGCACAUCAGGCCGGUAGUUUUUUCUAUCCUCAGCUGAAGGAACUCCCGCCCAUUGCAGCGGUGACAUUCAUUAAGCUUAAAGAGUACCAGCUCGUGAAUACGUUUCACGAAACGGAAGAAGAGAUCCAAUUCGACCCGAUCAAAACGGCUUCAUUCAUGACACACCAACCAAUCUCGAUGAUUGCUAAUAACGAAUUGUCAGCAGAAAUUGAGGAGGAGCGUCGGAUCGAGGAAAUGUUCAUGAAUCCGUUCAAAUCAAGAAAAGAUCGCAUCAGAUCCCAAAUGUUAGCCAAAAUUAACUUAACAAUUAACUCACGUUUCAAUGAAACAAAAACCACUCCCUCCAGCAUAACCAGCAAUAUCAAAAAUCGAUAUUCGUUGAAACGGAAAAGUACACAGCCAUCGAAAGAUUGUCGUGUUGGUGAUUGGUCCGAAUGGAGUCCGUGCACGAAAUCAUGCGGUAUUGGUGAAAUGCAACGCUACCGCAAAGUAAUACGACACGCAAAGUAUGGCGGUCGACAGUGUCCAGCAUUGAAAGAGGCAAAAUGGUGUGAACUGGAGAGAGAUUGCAUUUCUGAUUACUUUUAAGUCAAGUUGUAGGACUGGCUGUCGUGUUGACCUUUUGCACACACGGCUGCUUCAUCUGUUAGAGAAAGCAAAAUUGAACGAUGGGUUCAAUGUCGUGUUAUUUACAUAAUAUAGCUGAACGUAUCGGUAUGUUAAAACUAAUGAAGUACAAGAGUCUGUAUCAAUCCGUUGAAAAUGCUUUGAUCAAAAACGAAGUAACAGAUUCGAUAGUUAUAUUAAUUGGUGAUAUACCUGCCGUCUGUGGAAGGUUAAUGAUUUUAUUUAUCGAUGAAAAAGAGAAAAAUGACAAAAAAAAUGAACUAAAACACAGAACUUUUAUACAAUUUUAACUGUAGAGACGCUUUCAAUUAAUUAAUUACAUAUCUGAA